GGCCCGAUGCCUGUGUGGCCGGCUCGCCUGCCGCGGCCGGCGGCUCGCUGCUGCGGUUGCAGGAUGAUGUCUCAGUCGUGGAUUGUAUGGCGCGUCGGUUUAUGAUAUUCAAACCUUUUGGGCUUAGAAAACUACUUCUUGAAUGCAUACCAACAAUACUGAUCUUUUCUGAUAAUGGUUCCCAAUAAAGCGGGCCAGGCAGGCUGUCAGUUAGGCUUUGCCCGCGCUGGCCGCCAUGGCACCCCAGCCCCACCCAUUGGGAUGGGAGAAAGAUGGCGUCCAACCGGCACUGUCGAUAUCCCACGCGCCUUCCCCCAUGACAGUCUCUCGCGCAAAGAGUAGCUGUGUUUUUGCCGAUUUUUCCUCAUUGCAUUAUCCAAGCAAGAAUUCAUUUAAAAUUUGUUUCCGAAAAAAAAAAUCCAAUGUUCAAUUGGAUCCUAACCUACUCCAAUGAAUGGCACUACACACUUGAAGAAAUCAAAUUUUAUGGUGACAUUGCUUCAAAAGAAAAAAAAAACUAGACGUGUUUAUAUAAUUUUUUUUAUUUUUGAUCAAGCUAAAAUCAUGUCAGCUCAAUCAUAGAUGUACAUUGUUUCUGCAUUUUUAAUGAAACUUUAUGUGCUUAAAGAAAUAUUGUUCUGUCAGCAGCAAUGGAGACCGAUUCUUCUGCUGCAUCAGAAGGAAGACAGAAGAGGGCUCCCAAGAGAUAUUUAAACAGCCCAAGCCUCAUUGCUGUGGUGCAACACCACCCAGUUCUGUGGAAUCCAAACUUGCCAAAUUAUCAUAUCUCGUCAGCCAGGACCGCUGCCUGGGAGGCAGUAUCGUCACGUUUCCUCGAUUCCUCACCUCAAGAGUGUUCAGAGAAAUGGCAGUCGCUUAAGAAAGCGUUGGCCACAAGCAAAAGACGGCAGCCCAAGUCAGGUGCUGCAGCAUCAAAGAAGUCCAAGCCUUACUUAUACGCCAAAAACAUGUCAUUUCUGGAGGGCUGUGUAAUUAAUGAUAGGCAGGACUCAAGUCUGCUGCCUGUUCACAGCGAUGAUGACUCAAUCUCCAUUGCGUCAACAAAUGCAAUGGAGUACUCAAUGAUACAACAGGAUUCUGAUGAUAUGAAGAGGCGAGGCCUCUUUCUCUCAAGGGUCCAAUCUAAUUCCCAGUCCAUUCAUUCAGCCUCUACUCUAUUGGAUGGCAAUGUUGACCAGAAUGAAAAGGUUGAGAAAUAUUUGGCAUCUGCGGCAUCAUCGCCUACUUCAUGUUUUGAUCAGACAUUAGACCUGAAGACUGUUAAGAAAAAUCCAACUAAAAUGAAUAAAGAUGAAGCAAACAAGGAAAACGUUGUCCCAGCAAAGAAGCAGAAAAAAAUUGUUCCCAAAAAAAUUGUGAAGGCGUCAAAGGUGGUUCCCCAAAAAUUGGUAGAUUUUGAUUCUGAAGAGGAGGAGUUACAGGAUGAAGACAUUCAAGAUGAGAAAAUAUCAAAGAAAGUAGCUCGGCAAAGAGAAUUGGAGUCCAGAAGAGAGCAACAAUGUCUAUCCAUUAGAAGAAAGAUCCAGGCGUCUAACAGACAUCCUCUUCAUCCUAUUAAUAGCCAGGAAGUGGCCAACAACAACCUUGAUGCUAUAGUUAUCAAAGAACUGACGAAGCGAGAUGAUGCUGCGACAUAUUUUGCUCUAUCUUUAGUGGAUUAUUUAAGGGAGCUGAGGCCAGUGACCUUAAUCGACACGAAAGUGAAGUUCCUUGAAAUAAUCAAAGGUGCCCGACUUAAAGAAGAGUGUCGGCAGAAUGCAGACAAAGAGGAUGACAUUGACACCUUAUUAAAUUGCUCUGAAGAUAAGAUUGUUAUACGUAAAUUUGAGCUGUGUGUCAAAGUAGGAGACUUGAAAACCCUCUCUCCUGGGGGUUGGCUGAAUGAUAUGGUGGUUGAUUUCUACUUUAAAUUGAUUCAGAAUGAAUGCAAUUCUGUUUAUGCAUUCACUGCAUUUUUCUUCCCAAAACUUUCUGCAUGUGGCUAUGAUGAUGUUAGCGACUGGACUAAGAAAGUUGAUAUUUUUGCCUAUGACUUGCUAAUGGUCCCUGUGUUCCUUCAUGGGAACCACUGGGCUCUUGCUGUGAUUGACAAUGUUAAUCAUCAAAUUAGGUACUACGACAGCUUGAAUGGUCCGCAUAAUGUUGCCUCAAAUAUCUUACUUCAAUACCUUGAUCUUGAAAUGCUCAUGAAAAAAGAUGCAAUCUUUGAGCGGAAUGCCUGGACCACAAUUAAGAUGGAGAACAUCCCCAUGCAAACCAAUGGAUAUGACUGUGGGAUGUUUGUUUGUAUGUUUGGAGAGUAUGAAGGAAGGCGAGCCACAGUAGACUUCACUCAAGACGACAUGGUUACAUUAAGAAGGAAGGUAAUGAGGAGUAUAGCAAUUGGUAGGCUGGUGUGAUGAGAAUUUAAUGAAAUGUGGAGGUUCUUGCCACACAAAGUUUUUGUGAUAAGAGUCUUAUGUCUUAUGUGAAUUUAAUGUUUUUAUUUUGUGUUGUCACAAAUAUAGUUCCUAGGAUGUCAUGGUUUUGAUGUAGUUCUUAAGCAAUGGUAUGUAAUGCUUAUCUAAUUCAAUUUAAUGAAAUGUGGAGUUGGACUCCCCAAAUUUGUCAGCUUUGCCAAAGCUUUUGUCAUAGUUUAAACAUUUAGAUGAGACAAUUCUGUAUUUUUUCUUGCUAAAAGAAUGGGUGGGUUCAUUCAUUUUUACUUCCUACUUAUGGUCAUAUGCUAUUUUCCUUUUGUAACAACAAACUUUAUUUUAAUUUCGCUGCGAGGUGAUAAGUGAAAAGUUUCCAAGGAAGACUUGGGAAGGGAGAUAGGGGUCUCAGUUGUGAUAUUCCUUCUAGAUUGUCUUUGUAUUAAUGCUUUUGUGCUGUGAAGGUUUCAAAGUCAUAAUGCCAAAGGGGCAUGUCUCACAUUGUUUAGUUCCUAGGAUGUCAUGGUUUUGAUGUAGUUCUUAAGCAAUGGUAUGUAAUGCUUAUCUAAUUCAAUUUAAUGAAAUGUGGAGUUGGACUCCCCAAAUUUGUCAGCUUUGCCAAAGCUUUUGUCAUAGUUUAAACAUUUAGAUGAGACAAUUCUGUAUUUUUUCUUGCUAAAAGAAUGGGUGGGUUCAUUCAUUUUUACUUCCUACUUAUGGUCAUAUGCUAUUUUCCUUUUGUAACAACAAACUUUAUUUUAAUUUCGCUGUGAGGUGAUAAGUGAAAAGUUUCCAAGGAAGACUUGGGAAGGGAGAUAGGGGUCUCAGUUGUGAUAUUCCUUCUAGAUUGUCUUUGUAUUAAUGCUUUUGUGCUGUGAAGGUUUCAAAGUCAUAAUGCCAAAGGGGCAUGUCUCACAUUGUUUAGUUCCUAGGAUGUCAUGGUUUUGAUGUAGUUCUUAAGCAAUGGUAUGUAAUGCUUAUCUAAUUCAAUUUAAUGAAAUGUGGUGUUGGACUCCCCAAAUUUGUCAGCUUUGCCAAAGCUUUUGUCAUAGUUUAAACAUUUAGAUGAGACAAUUCUGUAUUUUUUCUUGCUAAAAGAAUGGGUGGGUUCAUUCAUUUUUACUUCCUACUUAUGGUCAUAUGCUAUUUUCCUUUUGUAACAACAAACUUUAUUUUAAUUUCGCUGCGAGGUGAUAAGUCAAAAGUUUCCAGGGAAGACUUGGGAAGGGAGAUAGGGGUCUCAGUUGUGAUAUUCCUUCUAGAUUGUCUUUGUAUUAAUGCUUUUGUGCUGUGAAGGUUUCAAAGUCAUAAUGCCAAAGGGGCAUGUCUCACAUUGUUGUUAUAUUUAUUAUUAUUUAUUGUUAUAAUAUAAUGGGAAGUCACUGGUUGUUUCACUCCCCUUGCCAUGAUUUGUUGAGAUGUCAUGAUAUUUUUUCUCUGUGUUCUAGGCAGACUUACUGUAAUUUUUGAUAAUUUGUUGAGUGACUUCUUAGUGACACAGUUAUAGAGAUGGUUUCCUAUUCUUGUAAAGUGUUACCUAUAAUACCUUAAAUGAUUCUUGCACGUAA